AUGGGGCCGUCCAGGCCGAAGUACAAUGCUGCCACCCUGGCUUUUGACGAGUUUUUUGACGAGGACGGCGAUAAGUUCGGCAGAGCUCGCGGAGAUCCGAACAGAUACACUACCGGCCGGAUAGGCAAAUAUAACGUUGUCAUGGCUCUGCUUCCUAGCAUGGGGACAGUAAGCUCGGCGUCUGCCAUGGCAAGCUUCCGUUCGAGCUAUACUGAGCUCAAGCUAGCUUUGCUAGUGGGCAUAUGCGGCGGAGUUCCCAGCCCAGGAACCGAAAAAGAGGUUUUACUCGGAGACGUCAUUAUUAGCAAGACGGUGGUUCAAUACGAUUUUGGCCGUCAGAAUCCUCAUCGUUUUGCGACUAAAGACACCCUCAACGAUAGCCUGGGCCGAUCCAACAAGGACAUCCGCUCACUUCUGGCCUCCCUUGGGACUGAGCGAACUUUCGAAAGCCUUGAGCGUCGUACAGCUGAGAUCCUUACCGGUAUUCAGCAGACCGCCGCACAGGCCGGAAGGAAGCGGACUCGGUACCCCUACCCUGGAGCAGCCCAUGACGGACUCUUCAGCCCGAACUAUGAGCACAGGCACGGAGAUGAUGCUGACUGUGGCUGCGACGAUACAUGGAUUUGUGAGACAGCUCCGGAUGCAUCGUGCGUAGAACUUGAAUGCGACAAAAGUCAUUUCGUGCUCAGGGAGAGCCUCGAGACCAAAAAGGAACUAGAGCGCGAAGGCAAUACCGCAGAGGCCCAAAGCCGCACAUACUCAUUGAGGUAUGACCUCGUUGCCUUCGAGAUGGAGGCCGCCGGGGCUUGGGACGAGGUACCAUGCGUCGUUGUAAAGGGGGUUUGCGACUACGCCGACAGCCAUAAGAAUAAGAAAUGGCAGACGUUCGCGGCUGCUACAGCGGCCUCCUCAAUGAAGGCCCUUCUCGAGUUGUACAUCCAAACUGAUGCGUUAGGGGACUCUAGGCUUGGGUUUUCAACCCAGCGUAUCAACGAGAUUUUGACUUGGAUUUCGAAAGAACCAUACGAACAGCAUCACACACAAAACAAGAGUGAGGUUCUAGAAGGAACAGGAAAGUGGCUUCUCGAGGACAAAGUCUUUCAGUCCUGGAAGAACUCUGAGGCAUCGUCCAUCUUAUGGCUACACGGCAUUCCAGGCUCUGGCAAGAGCAAGCUGACGUAA